GACAUCGGGUCUCUGGCCUUCUCUUACUCCAUAAUAGCCGCGUCCGCGCUCUACCACUUCACGCACGAGGAUGUCGUCUUUCAGUGCACCGGCAUCCAAAUGUCAGAACUGCGGGAAUGUGUGGUUUGGAUGAUUCCGUUCGCGUUGGCCAUCAAAGACGAGGGCUUCGAUAGUCCAAAGUUUCAGCACAAGUCCACUGAGGACUCGCAGCCCUAUCAUAAUAUCCAAUACCAUAGCGUAGAUCUACAACUUCUGGAAAAGGCAUAUCAGAAGCAAACAGAGUCUCAAUGCAGUGUUGAGAGCGAAGAGUCAAUAUCGCCGGUCAGUAGUCCAGUGGCCAAAAGGCCUCGAAGACCAGCCAUUUUGACG